CACUAUCCUCACAAUUGCCUUCUCCGUCCCCGCUGUCAUGACCGGCGCCUCUCAAUUGAUGCCGCUGAUCAAGCGCGACGGCCUCAACUCGCGCAAGGCCAAGAUGGCUAUAGCCCAUGCUGCGAUCAACGACGUUACCGUUGUCACUGCGGCUCUCAACUGGUGGACGCGCCGAAGCCGCCCCAUGUUCGAACCCACCAGCACAAACAUCCUAGCCAGCUGUGUAUUGGCGCUUCCGGCCACCCUGUUUGCCGCUCAUCUGGGCGGAAAGUUGGUCUACAACUACGGCAUGGGCUUUACCGGUGCUCAGGCUAAGGCGAAGAAGUCACAAUAGAUAUCAAAACAUACUGCCAGGAAGUGACAGUGGACGUUGGAAACAGUUAAAGGGAUGAGGCACGGCUUGCUAGAUUGCCGGACACGCCCAACAUGAAAAGCUGCUUUGACAAAGAAAUGAACAUAGGACUAGCAGUCGAGUAUACACCGAAAAUUACAUCAUCUGAGCGACUACAGCUCAAAUUCCAACACAUCAUACUCCCCACUUCCUUGUGC